AAUUGCCCGGAAUAGUCAAAUUUACUUCCCGCUGCGUUGAAGGAGUUUAGUGAACCAUUGACAUAUUUGGAACCAUAGGGUCACUCUCAUAUCAAGAAGGAACUUUGACCAAGAAGGAAAUUUUAUCUAGAAAUGGAGAACAUCCAAGAAAAGCUUGCAGCACAUCACUACAAGGAUUUAUCAAUUUUCCAAAAAAAAGUUGCAAACCAAAUUUUUCCUAGCUUACCAUUUGUAACAGCCAAAUUUGUUCUCGAUCUUGGUUGUGGAACUGGUGAUGUAACUGGUGCAAUGGCAGCAAAUUUCCCAAAUGAUGCAUCAAUCAUCGGCAUAGAUCCCGACAAGUACAGAGUUGAGCUGGCAAAGUCAAAAUAUGAUCACUGCAGCAAUGUUCAGUUUUUACAAGGAAGUGCUGAAAGCUUUCCACAUUUGGGAGAGGAGUAUUAUGAUCUUGUGUUUAGUAACUUUGUACUUCAUUGGAUUCCUCAGAGAACUAAGGCAUUCAGGGAUAUCUAUGACAGCCUUAAACCUGGGGGUAUGCUCGUGAUGGUUUAUGCCACUAGAGAAACCCAAGACCCAGACCUCAAUCCAUAUUAUAAAUGGUUAACUUCUGUAGCUAAACCAGAAGAAUGGAAAAAGUUUUAUAUGACAAACAAAGUACAUGAGCUUACUCUAGAAGUUGUGUGUAAGGAGUGCUCCGGUGCUGGCUUUAAAAUAAUAUCUAGUACCCCAAGCACUAUAACUGCCAUGUAUGCCACUGUUGAUGUAGCAGCAAAUUAUGUCUAUGGUGCUACUCAUGGUGUGGUGGAUAUUAGAGAGGUUGUCAAAGAUACCUCAUCUUCCUUGCCUCCUCUGGAUAAAAAUGGUGAAGUGGUAAGGGAAGUUUAUUAUGGUAUACUGUUUGCAAUAAAAUAGUAUAUUUAACUUAAACCUGUAAACUUUUAUAUGUCACUUUUACUGCAAGUAUAUAAAAUCAACUCUUGCCUUAGUUCUUAUUUAUCAUGUUUGUUGUUCAUAACAAAAGAGAAAGCCAUAUAGAAGUUUCUUAAAUGUUGAGAUUUUUUCUAAAGUAAAAACCUGCUAGACACUUUUAAAUUCGGUAAUUAUGUAAAUUAAUAUAACCAAAAAAGAAUAAUUAAGAAUGUCAAUUAUUUUGUUCAUGUAAAUGUAUUAUUUGUCAUGUAUUGAUAUCAUUUGUCAUGAUUACAAUGUUUGUAAGUAAUAUUAUUAAAAGAAAACCUAAAUGUCAUAAUAUUUCAUUAAAGACUGUCAGAGACAGGUGGAUUUAAAAUGGUAGCUUCAAAUAUUUUCCAAUGCAUAUUUAAGAUUUACUGUAAGGGGGUGAGGGUAGUUCUAGGGGGUUUAACAGGGUUUUAUCUACUCCUCUUAUUUUUUAGUAUCUUAAUUUUCCUAUCUAACCAAAAAAAAAGGUCAAAUUUUAUUAUAUUUCACACUGCAAAAAAACAAGCAGGCCUCACAAUCCUUCAAGGAUUUAUCAAAUUCCAAAAAGAAGUUGCCAACCAAGUUCUUCCUUACUUGUCUCAUGUGAAAGCCAAACUUGUAUUGGAUAUUGGAUGUGGUUCUGGUGAUGUAACUGUUGCCAUGGCUACUGUCAUUAUUUAUCGUGGGGGGAGGGCUCUGAUUUUUUUAAAAUAGGCACAGGCUUACCAACCUCUCAGUCAGUCUCCAGUCAAUCCCAGUACUUACUAGCUCGAAUAUUUUCACGAUUGAUCACCCCCUAAAUUGAUUGAUUGGAGACUGACUGAGAGGUUGGUAAGCCUGUGAAAUAGGCGAAAAAAGGGCCCUCCCCUUUUUUCACACACGAAAAAAAUUAGGACCCUCCCAAGCCAUAGGGUAAAAAAAAUGGGACCCCCUCACCCAAUACAAAAAAAUUACCCAGAAAUGUGUCUGUAAUAAACACUCGUGUGAACAUGAAA